AACGUCAGCCCCCUGGUAUCAAUCUAGUCUGAGCGCGACUUUUGGGACUGACGGACUACCGCUGUUUGACUCUCUCUGGGAAACUUGAUAUUUUGCUUCUUUCAAGCCUGAAACCCCUUUUGUCUUGUGGAAAUAACAAGCGCUACAUCGUCAGAAAAGAUGCUGCUCCUACUACUUGGAAUCGUCCUCCUGCACGUUGCUUCUCUGGUUCUCCUGUUUGUGUCAACGAUAGUCAGCGUAUGGACGUCAACCGAAUUCAGCACCUCAGACCUCUGGUACAACUGCACUACUAGCAAUGGAGGAUACCACUGUGACUACGCAUCAUCUGGAGAGUGGAUCCAGGCGGUCCAGGCCCUCAUGAUCCUAUCCAUCAUCUUCAGCUGCCUGUCUCUCUUCCUGUUCUUCUGCCAGCUCUUUACUUUGCAGAAGGGCGGACGCUUCUUCCUCACUGGAACCUUCCAGAUCCUUGCAAGUUUGUUUGUGAUGAGUGGCGCCAUCAUCUACACGGUGAUGAGUCACGAGUGGGCGCCGGUGGCGGCCGCAUUCGGCUAUUCCUACAUCCUGGCGUGGGUUGCCUUCCCUUUGGCGCUGAUCAGCGGACUCAUCUAUGUCAUCUUGAGGAAGCGAGAAUGAGGCCAUCAAUCCAUCCCAGUGUUCCCAGUAACCCCCUGCCCACUUGCAAAUGUCAGACCCCCUCUGAAGUUUAAGUUCUGAUGCCUGAGUACCAAUGGCCAAUGGAGCCACCAGGCCAAUACACCCAGAUCACAUGGAUGAGGGAUAAUACCAAAAAUUCAAAGUGCAAACCAACACAAAACAAACAUUACUGUCUCAGUUAAAUGAUGUAUAUAGUAUCUAUGGUUUAAAACCUAUUUAUAACACUUUUUACAUAUAUGUACAUAGUUUUUGUGUUGCUCGUCAACAGAUACUCGUAUGAGCUUUGUUUCAGCUGAUUAAGUGCCUUGUGUUUGUUUGUAAUGAUGGAAUAAUUAGAUGCUAUUUUGUUGUUGUUUUUUUUUGUUUUAAUUGCCAAAGAAUUAGCAAAAAACUUUCUUGAAGUAAAUUAACCAAAAUGCAUGUAUAGAAAUAGAAGGCAUAGAAUAUUUUAUUGACAGGCUUGCUUUACAAAAAGAGUGGAAACAUCCAUGUUGUAGCAGAGCCAUGAAAGUAGAUCUGGUCCUUUUUUCUAUUUGUGAAUUUGUGUUUUUUUGUUUUCAGUGUUUUUCUAUUUCUUAUUUUCAACAAAAGAUGGUGCUAUGUAUUUAUCAUUCCUCUUACUGAUAGCAGUCAUUUACAACAGAAUUACUUUUUAGUCAAACGGCUUGCCAUUAAUUACAGCGAGUAUCCAACAGAGGUGCCUGACUGCUUCUUUAGGGAACACUAGCCUAGUUCACACUGAAGUGUCUGAUUUUUUUUUUCUCCAUCAGCUACUGUAAAAUAUUGAUAUUUGAGUUUGGGGUGGUAUAUUGAUUAAGUAAACAGUCAUUUUGAAUGUCAGUAUUAUUCUGCCAGUUUGUGAAAAGUUUGAUCACAGCAAAUUUACUUCAUAUAAGCUUUAUUUUUGCUCCAUUUGCCUUCAUUUCCCCACAUUUUGAUGUUUGUGUUAUGCUUACGACUGUUAGUCUCAAGAAGCCAAAUUCCCACCUUAGGGGAAAUCCUAACAAUUACAGCCUAAGAAGAAAGUGUCAGUUAUUAUUACUAGAAACCCAUACCACAGAGUUAAAGCCAUAAAAGAAAAAAUACAAGAUGAUAGGAAAAAAAACAUAUUUAGUAUUAAUUUUGUAUGUUAGAAGAGGACAGAGAUUUUUGCAGUGACAAUACAAAUGUCUGUUUCACAUACUUGAAGUCUGACAUGCUGCAGUCUCUGCCCACUGAUGUCUAGAUGUUUGUUCCUUUACUGUAUCAACCACGGUGUAAAUGUUGUGCAUAACAGAUGGUGAUGACAAGUUAGCAUUAAAACAUUCACUUACUCAAUAAAACAACUCUCACAUUAUCUAAUACCGUGUAUUCCACUGUUACAAGGGACUGGAUUUAUGCUGAAAGUGAUGCAUGAGGAAGCAGAAAGGACCUCAUGCAGGAUAACAAGUCAUUUUCUAGGCGGUUGUGCUUUCUGAAACAUGCAUCUGGCUACAAGUGUCAUAAUAACAGCCAGAAAAUGAGAUAAGAACUGACAGUGACAGCAAAUUCUGAACCACUAGUGAUGAAAUGUUGCAGUCAAUAGUUGCUUGAAGUUCAUAUGCUAUGCUAUCAAAGUUGUCAGCCACUGAAAUGUAAAUUCCUGUGUACAGUCUAGCAAAACAAGUCUAUUUUACAGUAUGCAAUCUUACUCUGGUAGAUCAAAUAAUCUGCCUUGUGCAUGUGUUUGCAAAUGCUGUAUGUGACUAGUGUUACCGUGCACUAGAGCGAAGGCAUGGUCUGCACCCAAUGCCAGUUAUUCAAAACAUGCAGCUACUGUUUCAGUGUCAACAGAGUCUCUCACAUAGCAUCAGAAAUAAGAAGACUUGGAUGUGGCAGGUCUUUCCUCUACGUGACAUCUCGGGUGAGACCCUGCAGCGUUCCAUCACAGCUACAGUAUGAUGUGGUAUUUGAUUCAGUGCUUACGCUAGCUGCUAGUCUGCUGUGUCUUUUAGCAUGAUGCUCAUUACUGGGUUCAGUUAGAAGAGACUGACUCUAAUGACAACUGCCCUACAACAAUUUUGUGUAAGACAAUAAAAGACUAUGCCAUGUUUACACCUAAACUUCAAAAUGCUCUCUUGAUAAUACCAAAGCAACUUUGAGUUUAAUCAUUAAAGGAUGUUUCUUACCACCA